AGUGGGGGGGCAUCGCUCCUGCUGUGUCGAUUGGUAGGCAGUUACAAACGUUACUAUUUUGAGAGAGAGUCAGUGUACGCGCUCAGCACGCUGUGGCAAACGAUCGAAACGAGAGAGGCAGAAAAAGGCAGAGCGAGGUUCGGCUCUCUGCUUUGCACAUUAAGUGCUGUGCACAAGAAGAUGAGGGGGCACAGAGAGACUCGGACCUGCGGCUGACUCCAAGCCGCGCCACCAGAGGAGGUAGACGGCGAGCGAGCUGGUCGGGUACCGAGGAGCUGUGUAGUCCAGAACCAGAAAACAUUUUGUGCAGAUCAAAAAGGGGGAAAAGACAGGGGGGUGGAAGUGAACAGAGAGAGAGGAAAGAUGGCGAGUUUUGGGAAACUCACAGACUACUUUAAUCGGCGUAAGUCUCGGGAGGACCUGCGAGUGGGCAGGAGCUCACGGCGCAGUGGCAGUUACUGCUGCACUGUGGCAGAGGCCAGGUCCCUGGAAAGGAAGCUGCAGAGACCCUUACUGGCUAAGUCCCGAACACUACCCAGUAUUCCACAGUCUCCUACAGUCUCCAGGGUCCACCAUUCAGAUCUUAUUGGUGGGAGUCCUCCUCGCAGGAAGAACACGACCACGACAACCAGUAACACAACGGCCUGCACUCUGCCCCCUGCAGGGGAGUUGUGGCGUUUGGAGGAUGACAUGGAGGGAGAAGAAGCGCCUGAGCAUGGUGGGUGCACGGAGCCCCGCCCUCGCUCCCAGUCACCCUUUUCCCACUUCCGGGCACGAGCGGCGUACCUCCGUAAGAGCGUUUCGGCCGACGACCACUUGGACAUGGGCUCAGAUUAUGGCUCAGGGACGGCAGGCGACAGCAAGCCAACCCGUGGCAGUAAGGGCAAGCUGAAGAGGAAGUUUAGUCUGGGUUCCGCUGACCGGAAGGAGAGUCAGAACAAAAGUCAGAGUCUGGGAUUUCCAAGUUUACCCAUCGUCUGUCCCUCAAAGAGCGCCCAGCCAAAGCAGAGAAGAAUUUGGACAGACCUCCAACCUAUAGGAGACGAUCUCUGAGUGUGGAUUGGGCUGAUUCUGCCAAGAUGACGCAGCCCAUGAGGGGGGACCAGGCCCACCAGCCAGUCCCAGCCCGCAAGUCAGCCAGCCUGUCCUCACCAAGUGCGGCUCGCCGCCUGU